AUGCCUCACAUUCAGGAUCUUGCCCAAAGAGCUUCAAAAGUUACAAUUUUCAUCUACAAUCAUGUCUUUAUUCUAGCUUGGCUAAGAAAAAAAGAAGGUUGGAAAGAGAUUAUUAGGCCUGGAGCAACUAGAUUUGCUACAACUUUCAUCACUUUGAAAAGCAUAUCUGAACACAAGAAACAUUUACAGGCUUUUAUAACAAGCAAAGCUUUCUUUGAAUCAAAGAUUUCCAAAACAGUCAAAGGGCAAGAAGCAUCAUCUAUCAUUUUAGAUAAUAAAUUUUGGAAUGACUGUUUGGUAAGUUCCAAAUUGACUGGGCCUUUAAUUCGAUUAUUGAGAAUUGUGGAUUCGGAUGAAAAACCAUCAAUAGGAUUUCUUUAUGAUGGAAUGUACAGAGCAAGGAGAGCAAUCAAGUUAAUGUUUAGGAAUGUCAAAAGGUUGUACAAACCUUACACAAGUAUUAUAAAGAGGAGAUGGGAUAGUCAGCUAAGACAAGGUAUACAUUGUGCAGCAUAUUAUCUUAAUCCACAUUUUCAGUAUGAUAAAGAUAAUUUUUGCCAAAAACCUGAAGUACUGCAAGGUUUAACUGAACUGAUUGGAAAUAAAGAUAUAUGUCCUAAAUCAACAGUAACAAUGAAUGAAGUUAGGCUAUUCCGUGACAAUUUAGAAAGCUUUGGGAAACCAAUUGCUCUAAGAAUGGCCAAAGAAAUGCAGCCUGAUGAAUGGUGGAAGAUGUUCGGAUCAAGUGCCCCAAAUUUGCAGAAAUUAGCUGUUAGAAUUCUCAGCCAAACAUCUUCCUCUUCUGGAAUAUGA